GAAUAGCCGUUCUGUACAGUGACCCAGUUCCGUGAUUCAUUCUGGGCGUGCAUAUGCUAUCUGAAGUGUAGGGUGGUCUAGCUCGGUGAAUUCAGUGUGUAACUGCGGUAAUAUGGUCUCAUCUUGCCUCCACCGCGAAGUUGCGUGUGGUUGUUGUGAUUGCGCAUUAGAGGUACAGUUCGCCGUAUCCAUGCCUCCUCGCUCAAGCUUCGAUUUGAUACGUGAGUUAGUGUCCCCAGCAUAGGUUAUUUCUGGGCGAGCGGUUCUUAACUGCUAUUGAAUCUGCUCUAUCGAAUGACAAGUUACGUGAUAUGCUACGGCUGUUGAGGUUUCUUUAGCUAAGAUAUAUUUAGCUAAGGUAUAGAACCUUCCAUUUAAGUGCAAUUUCUUGUCUUUCACGCUCAUUUUGCAAAGCACAAAUAUUAAGUAACGAUUUUUCUCGUGUACGUGGCAUUUUAUUUCAGUAAUGGCAUGAAUGGCAAUCAUCACGAUGUCAGAGAUAGAUAACUCGUGAAUAAAAGGCUGCACUUUCUCAGAUGUCGGUCCCAAAACUACCCCUUUUUCCGUAAGAGUGGCCGUGGAUGCCACAUACUGGUGACCUACCCGGAUAGCAAAUAAAUAUAUGAGUUGGUUUUAGCGUGUUGUGCGCACCUGCAUAUCAAGCAAGAAAAAAAACUUCGAGCGACAUUAUUCGCGUCAACAUUGCGACUACGCAGCUAAUUUCGCAUGAAAACCUUGUUCGAACAUGCUCUAUCAAUGCUCUAUAUCGUGAUUUUAAGCUGCGCUCGGGCAUCUGGGUACUAAGUCAUCCCAGGUCUUAAGCAUUCUGCGCACCCUACGCGUGGUCCGUGUACUCUUGAUAGUCAUUUCCUUCGUAGGGACGGUUGUGAAUCUAUCCUUUACUUGCCCUUCGCUGCUUGAAGUGGUAAUAUCGUAUUAGACACCACUUGGAAAGUUGUCCGAUCGCGCGCUCUUCGGCGGAGUCGCAACCAUCUUCCUGUGUAGACUACGCUCAUGCAAUCGUCUCUGGCUCCUCUGUCGCGGUCCGUGCUGUCUUCGGCGGCUGCGACGUGCUUAGUGGUUCCGUUCCCGUGUCUGCGCUCCUGUCCUACUGCCCAAACUGCUGAACGCCGGUGGCUGACCAUCAUGAUUGGAACUGUUGUCCUCGCUUUGGUGUCGGUCGCGAUGGCCCGAGCUGGGAGUGCAACGGCUUCGCCGUCGGAGGAUGAAGCCAUCCCGCAGCUGUACGCAGCGGUUGGCGGCAAGGUGUCCCUGCCCUGCAACACGAGCAUUCCCGCGGGCGGCGACGGCGUGUCGCUGAUCCUCUGGUAUCACGGCGACUACGGCAUUCCCAUCUACAGCCUGGACGCCCGCGACCAGCCCCUGGGCAAGGCACGACACUUCCCGGGCCAGGACCUGGGUACGCGUGCGUACCUGGACGUCAGCUCGAAGCCGCCGACGCUCAACAUUGACCCGGUGCUCGAGAGCGACGCCGGCGAGUACCGCUGCCGGGUCGACUACAGCAGGCAGCGAACGCAGCACAGGAACGUCAACCUCACGGUCAUCGUUCCCCCCAAGGAUGCCAUUAUACGGGACGAGUCUGGCAAGCCUUUGCACGGAGUGAUCGGCCCUUACGACGAAGGCGCUCAUCUAGUCCUCAUCUGCGACGCCGAUGGCGGUCGUCCCGCACCAUCGGUGACGUGGUGGCGAGGCUCCGAGCUCGUGGACGACAAGUACGCGCUCUCGCCGCUCGACGUGGUCCGCAACGAGCUGGUCAUCAAGAAGCUACAGCGCUCGGACCUCCUCGCCACGUACACCUGCCAGGCCUCCAACACCAACCUGACCCUGCCGCGUUCCUCCUCAGUCACCAUUAACAUGAAUCUUCGACCGCUGGAUGUGCGGAUCACCACAUUGAAGCGACCUCUGUCGGCACACCGCAAGGUGGAGCUGUCGUGCCAGUCGACGGGUGGCCGGCCGGCGCCACAGCUCACCUGGUGGCUGGGAAAAAAGAAGCUUUCCUUUGCGCGCGACAACGUGUCGGUGGGCGACAACGUGACGACGAGCACCGUCUCGUUCGCGCCCAACACCGACGACCACGGAAAGUACCUGGCUUGUCGCGCAGACAACCCGCUGCUCUCCAGUGCUGGCCUCGAGGACGGCUGGACGCUCAACAUCCAGUAUGUUCCGCGGCUGAGCCUUUCACUAGGCGCCAACAUGAAGCACAAGGCGAUCCGCGAAGGCUCGGACGUGUACCUGGAGUGCAACAUCCAGGCGAACCCGGCGGUCAGCGAGGUGGGCUGGAAGUUCGAAGGGAAGCCGCUGUACAGCAACGUCAAGCAAGGCAUCAUCAUCAGCAACCAGUCGCUCGUGCUGCAGAAAGUGCGGCGCGAGAGCCGCGGCCACUACCAGUGCGUCGCCGCUAACGUCGAAGGAGAAGGGGAGAGUGACCGCGUCCUGCUCCGGGUCCACUACGCGCCGGUGUGUAAGAAGCGCCAGAAUCUCGUGUACGGCGUGGCGCGUGACGAAGAGGCCGAGAUCUCGUGCGAGGUGGAGGCCGACCCGUCCGAGCUGAGCUUUAAGUGGUCGCUCAACAACUCGGUCGAGGUGUUCGACGUCAAGACGUUCACCGUCAACGGCACGACCAGCGUAGCCUCGUAUCGCCCUCGCUGGAAGCACAGCUACGGCCUGCUCUACUGCUGGGCCACCAACACCAUCGGGAUGCAGAGGGAGCCCUGCGCAUUCCACAUUAUACCGGCAGUGUCUCAUUGGACAGGGCCACCCGAGGCUGUGCGCAACUGUCGCGUGAGCAACCAGACCUCGGUCUCGCUGGCAGUCGAGUGCGAGCCGGGUGACCACGGGGGACUGCGGCAGACCUUUCACCUGGAGGUAUACAACUCAGCCUUGGAGCUCCUGCAGCGCAACCUCAGUUCCUCGGAGGGUGCGUCGUUCGUGGUGCGUGACCUGCCGCCCGGCACCGCCUUCAUACUCGUACUCUACGGUUCCAACUCCAAGGGCCGCAGCAACAGCGUCUCCAUAUCCACCAACACGCUGCCCUCACCCGAGAGGAGGACAGCUAACACGGACAUCACAUCAGUGAGUCCAGUGCUUGGUGUCCUGAUCGGCAUCGUGGGAGCUCUAGUGCUGGUGGCCAUCGUUAUCGUGGUCGUCAUGCGACUCCGCGGAGACGACAGCGAGAAGCGUGCUACUGAGGAGAGUCCAGAAAAGAAUCAAAACCAUCAAAGGAAGGCGGUGGAUGACUUAGCCCUUACAGAUAUUGACACCAAGGACCCGUCUGUAAUUCAAAAGACUAGUGAUUCACAGGAGUACCCGCGCGUGGCUGUGCGGCGUAUUCCGGCGUACCCGGCUCAUCGAACGUACGACAGCUUCUCUCCCAGCGACUACAAUUACGAGAACAUUCAGUCACUGAGACGGCCAUCACCGGUCAAGAUGGACAACGAGGUGCGCUACGCGGAGUUGUCUCUGCCGCGCAGCAAGUACCCCGUGCGCAUACGGGAGCCGCCGACCGAUUACGCGCAGAUCGAUUUUCAACGGGCCGGUGUCCUGUUCAGUGCCGUGCCGCCACAGUCCGAAGAGGAGGAUCCCUGCGCUGCCGUCGGCUCGGACACGCCGCUGAUGAACAGCCUGCAGCCCAAUGUCAGGCACCUAGGGGGCGCACCGAGCGACCACAACACGAUAUCCACGCCGGUGUGACGGCAACGGCGCCACAUAGGCGAGGGCGAGACAGUUCAACGCUCCUCAUGGUCGUGAAUGUGCCGAGCGUGCAGAGACAACAGAAAUGAAAAAAAGCGCGCGCGAGAGCCGAAUGGCCACUCCUGGACCGGGCCGCCGGCGACGACAGCGGUGCGUGAAUGCGGCGUGUCGAAACCCCAGAAACGCUCCCGGACAAAGCGCUAAGAGAAAGAAGACAGGGAUGUGCACUUCGUGUGACGCGAGCUUUCUUUUAUCCCGUCGAGCGAGAACGGCACAGGGCAUCUAGGACUGGAGAUGAAAAGGCGCACGACCGUCCCCGUGCAGUGAGUGCAACCCUCCUCGUGACGCGAUGGCCUAUUCAUGUACAUAGAAUGACCGAACACAUCGGGCGUCGCGAGCGGCGCACAAGCUCAAGCGCAAUUUUGUCGAUCAGGACGUCGACAGAACAAAGGUCACAUUCCUUCUUCGAAACUAGUCAAGAAACACCUGGGCUGCUUUACCUGGGUGUAUGAUACCUCAGGAAAUGAGAUCCUUAAAAAAAAACAUAAGCGGAAAGUGAGUAAGUGAAGCACCUCGCCUUCGAGUAACCUAUCAAGACUGUGUUGCAGUCGUGAGACGAAAGGCGUUGCUUAAGGUGACGACAAGACAGGUGGAAAUAGGUCGUGCCCACUCAUUCCAUUCAAUCCCAUCCAGAGUCCUGCAGAAUGUGACGGCGAUGACACGCAAUCCCAAGGAGCAUAAGUGUUACCUUGAAGACUCCGUUCGCGUGAAGGCGGCCAUCUGUGAACAAUUGCGAAAGAGAAUACAAAGAAGAGAGAGGACGAUAAGAGUUAUGUGUGCGUGCGUGUGUGUGCAUGGGGUAUUAGAGGGAAGAGGGCGUGUCUGUUUGUGCAUCUGCGAGAAAUAAUACGAGCACAGGUCCACACUAAUGAUUUUGUUCCGAUUCUUUUGCGACUAUUUCUCCAUCUCUCCCGAACAAUUUCUUUUUAUCAGCUGCUCUAGCUGCUUUUUUUUUGGUCCUCCCCUCCCCCUCCACUGCCUGGUUUUUAAGACUAUUUUGUUAACACCCAGGGAGGUCAGUGCAUCUUCGUAUAUAAAUACAUCAUACGGACUCAUGGCGCAAACUUUUAAGCUCUACAAUAAAAUAUAUAAUUAUUAUUA